GCCGGCGCAGCCCGCGGAGCGGGGGGGGCAGGUGGAGGUCAACAGUGCCGUGCUGCCCCCCCUCCGUCUGUUCGGAGUCCUCGGCGCGAUGGAGACCGCAGUGCUGGAAGUGGACGUGCCGCGCAUCCUCGGCGUCAACUUGCUGGAUUUCCUCCAGCGCGCGAUCAGCCGCCCUCAGAACGUCAUGGAGUCAGAAAGGCUUCGACGGACGACGCAGCUCCGGAAGCUCGGCUCGAGCCACCGGACGGCGACCAUCGCGCGCCCUCUCGAGCCGGGCUCCGCGGUGCCAGCCGGGGCGCUCCAGCGGUGGCCAUUUCUCACGCCGACGUCGCUUGUGCACGCUGGCGGACCUAUUCAGCAGAUGUCAGACACAGGGGCGGUGUUCCAGUGCAUGGUCUCGGUAUAUCUCGUCAUCGUCCGCCUUAUCCACAACGUUUUCAUUAGUAAGGGGCGCCAAGGUUUGGGAUCUCGGGACUACGAAGUAGGACUCAAAGAGGACCUGGUGACUCAAGAGGUCGAUAUGGGCAUCUUCGAGGACCCAGAUGUCCAGGUCUACAAGUUGGGGGACAACGUCGUGGGCCCAGAGAUCCAGGUCUGCAAGCUAGACUACCUCGAGGGCCCAGAGGUCAGGGACUUAAAGCCAGGCCAGGUCGUCAAGCUAGAUCGCGAGAGGCCCGAAGAAGCGCCCCAUGACAUCCCCGAGCAAGAGGGCUCCAGGUACCACCCGACGCUAAGCGAGCAGGGGGAUUCGCCCGAGGGCGUCUCCCAGCCACGGGCUCAGCAGGUCUUCGAGCAGAGAGUCCGGGGCCCAGGAUCAGUCGAGUCAGCUAAG